AUGGUUUCGGUUAUCCAUGAUCAUGACAAGUUGCAUCUAAGUGUAUGUAGGGUUCGAAUGAUGGACAAACAGAGGCGAUUGAUGAAUCCAUGUGGAAGUAAGUCCCUUGUGAAUGAAAUACGCCGCAUACACUUUGGUGAAAAACAGCCAGAGCGUGAAAACUCUUCACCUGCUCUAACCACAGUUCUUCCGGAUUCUUGGAGUGAAGAAUUCAGUCAAGAAUUGCUUAUUAUCCAUUUCAUGGAAGAAAAACUGGCGGAUCUAAAGACUGCAGGGCAUCUAAUUCAAUGA